CAAAACCAAAUGAAGUCUUUUAUUUUCUUGUCAUCUAUACUUUUAUACCUUCAUCUUCUUUUUCUGGUCACCUUAACUUUAAUAUGCUUUGGCUCAAACAAAAUUAUGGCAGUGACAUUAGGAAACCAAACUGAUCAUUUAGCAUUGCUCAAAUUCAAAACAUCAGUAACUAGUGAUCCAUAUACAACUCUUGAAUCUUGGAAUUCUUCCAUCCACUUCUGCAAGUGGUAUGGAAUCACAUGCAGCCCCAUGCAUCAAAGAGUGAUUGAGUUGAACUUAGAUGGAUAUGAGUUACAUGGAUCUUUAUCUCCCUAUGUUGGCAAUCUCACUUUUUUGAAAGCUCUCAACCUAGGAAACAACAGUUUCUUUGGAAAAAUUCCACAGGAAUUAGGUAAGUUGCUACAAUUGCAACAUCUUCGUCUCACCAAUAACUCAUUUGCAGGUGAAAUUCCUACAAACUUGACAUAUUGCUCCAAUCUCAAAUACUUGUAUUUGGGAAACAACAAUCUAACUGGCAAAAUACCAAUUGAAAUUGGUUCUUUGAAAAAGCUUCAUUAUUUUGUUGUUUCGAAAAACAAUUUAACUGGAGGAGUCUCUUCAUCCAUAGGCAAUCUUUCAACCUUAAUUUUUUUUUCGUGUGCUUUUAACAACUUAGAAGGGGAAAUUCCACAGGAAAUAUGUCGCCUAAAAAGCCUAAAAUUUUUAGGUUUCCCUGCCAAUAAUUUAUCUGGUUUAAUUCCUUCUUGUCUUUACAACAUUUCAACACUUACUACACUUUCCUUGACAGAUAAUAGCUUUCAUGGUUCUCUCCCACCUAACAUGUUCCACACCCUCCCCGAUCUCCAAAUAUUUGAAAUUGCAGGAAAUUAUUUUUCAGGUCCAUUCGUCACUUCCAUAAUAAAUGCAACUUCCAUUAUAACAUUUGAAAUAAGUACAAAUUACCUUGUGGGACAAGUUCCAAGUUUAGGAAGACUAAAAGAUUUACAAAAUCUGAAUUUGGAACAAAACAAAUUAAGUAACAAUUCUAAUAAAGAUUUGGAGUUUCUUAAUUCUUUGUCAAACUGUAGUAGAUUGUAUGGGGUUUCUAUUAUGGGUAAUAAUUUUGGCGGUAUUCUGCCAAAGUCAAUAGGCAAUUUAUCCACCGAACUUGAACUACUAUUUCUUGGGGGUAAUAUGAUAUCGGGACAAAUUCCUGCUGACUUAGGUUGUCUAGUUGGCUUAAUUCUCUUGACAAUGGAACUUAAUCAUUUUGAAGGAAAUAUUCCAACUACUUUUGGGAGUUUUCAAAAGAUGCAGCAGUUAAGUUUGAGCGGAAACAAGUUGUCUGGAGAUAUACCAUCCUCUAUAGGUAAUCUUAGUCAAUUGUAUCUUUUGACUUUAAAUCUUAAUAUGCUUGAAGGACAUAUUCCUCUAAGCUUAGGAAAUUGUCAAAAGUUACAACUUCUAGACCUUUCAGAAAACAAGCUUAUAGGAACCAUACCUUUAGAAGUUUUUAAUCUUGUUUCUUUAACAAACUUAUUAGACUUAUCACAUAACUCUUUCAAUGGUAGCUUAUCAAGAGAAGUGAGUAUGCUAAAAAAUAUUGGUUCGAUAAAUUUCUCUUAUAAUCAUUUGUCGGGGGAGAUUCCGAUAUCUAUUGGUGAAUGCACAACCUUAGAAUACCUUGAUUUGCAAGGGAACUCCUUCAACGGAACAAUACCAUCCUCGUUGGCUUCUCUCAAAGGUCUUCAAUAUUUAGACCUUUCAUUGAAUCAAUUGUCCGGUUCAAUUCCUGAUGUUCUACAAAAUAUCUCAGGUUUAAAACACUUGAAUGUUUCUUUUAACAUGUUGGAAGGUGAGGUACCAACAGAAGGUGUUUUUGGAAAUUCAACCCAAAUAGGAAUAAUUGGAAUACAAAAGAUUUGUGGAGGUAUUUCACAACUGCAUCUACCAGCGUGCCCCAUCAAGGAUAAAAAACACAGAAAACACCAAAAUUUCUUGUUGAUUGCAGUGAUAAUUGGUGUUCUUUGUUUUCUUCUCAUACUGUCAAUUUUUAUAACUAGCUACUGGAUGAGGAAAAGAAACCAAAAACGAUCUUUUGAUUCACCGACAGUUGAUCAACUUGAUAAGGUUUCAUACCGAGACUUAUAUCGAGGAACCAAUGGAUUCUCAAUUACAAACUUAAUUGGAUCAGGAAGUUUUGGGUCUGUGUACAAAGGAAAUCUUGUGUCAGAAGACAAUUUUGUUGCCAUAAAGGUCCUGAAUCUCCAGAAGAAGGGAGCUCACAAGAGUUUUAUUCUUGAAUGCAAUGCACUCAAAAAUAUUAGACACCGAAAUUUAGUCAAGAUUAUAACAUGUUGUUCAAGUUCAGAUUAUAAAGGUCAAGAAUUUAAAGCUCUUGUUUUUUGUUACAUGAAAAAUGGAAGUUUGGAACAAUGGCUGCAUCCUGAGAUUUUAAAUGCAGAGAAUCAAACAACAUUGGACCUCACUCAUAGAGUAAACAUCAUUACCGAUGUUGCUUCGGCAGUACAUUAUCUUCAUCAAGAAUGUGAACAAUUGAUCAUUCAUUGUGAUCUAAAGCCAAGUAAUGUACUUCUUGAUGAUGACAUGGUUGCUCAUGUGAGUGAUUUUGGUAUAGCAAGACUUGUCUCGGUCAUUGAUGAUACCUCUCAUAAGGAUACCAGUACAAUUGGAAUAAAAGGAACUGUUGGCUAUGCUCCUCCGGAGUAUGGAACGGGGUCUGAAGUGUCUGCAUGUGGUGACAUGUAUAGCUUUGGAAUCUUGAUGUUGGAAAUUCUUACUGGUCGAAGACCCACAAAUGAAGUUUUUGAAAAUGGCCAAAAUCUACAUAACUAUGUCGCAACUUCAUUUCCUGAUAACGUUAUAAAGAUUUUGGACCCGCAUCUUGUAUCAAGAGUUGCAACAGUAGAAAUACAAGAUGGAAAUUAUGAGAUUCUUAUUCCAAAUGUUGAGGAGUGCUUGAUUUCACUCUUUAGGAUUGGACUUUUGUGUUCAAUGGAAUCACCAAAAGAAAGAAUGAAUAUUGUGGAAGUCACAAAAGAGCUUAACAUAAUCAAAAAGACUUCUCUCGUUGGUGAGAUGAUAUUUUUUAGUGUUUAUUUGAAUCAUUAG